CGUUUUCUGCAAUCGGCUGCGGUGGUGAGCAGUCAUAUGAUCAAUACGGUGUGAAAAUGUCUCAGCUCCUGUUUAACAUGAGCAAUGGUUACCUCGAAGGCUUGGUUCGAGGCUUUAAAGGAGGUAUCCUCAAGCAAAGCGAUUACUUGAAUCUCGUGCAAUGCGAGACCCUCGAAGACUUGAAGCUUCACCUCCAGAGCACAGACUAUGGCAACUUCUUGGCAAAUGAAGCAAGUCCUCUCACUGUUUCGGUUAUUGAUGAUAAGCUACGUGAAAAACUUGUCGUGGAGUUUCGGCACAUGAGAAAUCAUGCAGUUGAACCACUGGCCACUUUCUUAGACUACAUAACGUACAGCUACAUGAUUGACAAUAUCAUCCUGCUCAUCACUGGGACCCUGCACCAACGGCCUAUCGGGGAGCUCAUCCCAAAGUGCCACCCUCUGGGCAGUUUUGAUCAGAUGGAAGCCAUUCACAUUGCCUCCACACCUGCUGAACUCUACAAUGCAGUGAUUGUUGACACACCUCUUGCACCCUUUUUUGUGGACUGCAUAUCUGAACAAGAUCUUGAUGAAAUGAACAUUGAAAUCAUUCGCAACACCCUCUACAAGGCAUACUUGGAAAACUUCUACAAGUUCUGUGAAAGUAUUGGAGGCACAACUGCAGAUGUUAUGCUCGAAAUCCUUGCUUUUGAGGCUGACCGCCGGGCAUUUAUCAUCACUAUAAACUCGUUUGGCACUGAACUAACUAAAGAAGACAGAGCAAAGCUCUUUCCCAAAUGUGGUCACCUUUACCCUGAUGGACUGAAUGCACUUGCAAAAGCAGAUGACUAUGACCAAGUACGGAAUAUUGCGGAGUUCUAUGCACAAUACAAUGUGCUUUUCGGUGGAGCAGGAAACAAUCCUGAUGAGCGGACACUUGAGGACAAGUUCUUUGAGCACGAGGUGACGCUCAACGUAAAUGCCUUCAUGCAGCAGUUUCAUUCUGGAGUCUUCUAUGCAUAUGUCAAGCUGAAAGAGCAGGAGUGCCGCAACAUCGUCUGGAUUGCAGAAUGUGUUGCACAGCGCCACCGUUCAAAAAUUGACAACUACAUCCCAAUCUUCUAGUUAUUUUCAAAUAGUCAUGUAACCUAAUUAGUUGAGUGUGGUGCAUGUACCGUGCAUGGCUAAACUUUUGCUGUUAUAUUGUUGGUAGAUAACUGCAAGGUGAAAUAAGUUUGUUGUCACUAUAUUGUAGUCAAGAGGUCUAAAUCGCAAUCUGAAAGCUGUUUUAUGUUCUUAUGUUACAGCAGCUCAUCUGCAAAUGUCUUCAAAGGGCCAAAAUAAACCCAUAGUCUUUUGUGUGCAUGUAUUUAUUCUGGAACUUUCAGAUGCUCUUAUCAUGUAAAUAAGGCCUCUAUACAUAUAUACAUAUAUUGUACAAACAGUAUGUAAUUAUGUGUUCAAUUGACAGUAAAUGUGUAAAGUGAUUAUUGGAUGAUUAUUCGAAACUUGCCUUUGAAAUUGUGUGAAUUUGUAGGUCAAAUCCUAAUUUAAAACAAUGAAAGCGGUUUCAUAAGAAUUGGAAAAGAUUUUGAUUGUUGUACAUCUUUCAUAUGCUCGAGUUAAACUGUAAAAAUAAAUAAUUUUGAUUUCGGUUGA